UUAGUUAGUCUACCGCAGUUACUGAGUCGUGCAACACGUUCUAUGAUUGCAGUUAUUCCAUCAGUUAUCUGCCGAUUAGAUAAGAGUUUUCUCCCUCCUAAGGUGUUCCGGCAUGUCAUGCUUUAUAUUUUACUUUAGAAGGAUACUGAGUUUCUUCGAAUAUUAUUUAUUUGGUAUUAAAAAUAUGUGGCAUCGCAAGGUGGAAAGUUACAGCGAAAAGCAAGGAAAGGUAAAUAAGCCGGCAAGAGCUCUGAGUUACGCCCUCCUAUGUGCUGGGGCGUGCUUUUGUUACCGCGGCGCCCUGGAGUGUGGGUUCGUCUUCGACGACAUUUCAGCCAUCCGUGAAAAUCGAGAUCUCAGGCCAACGAGCCCCUGGUCCAAUCUACUCAUGAAUGACUUCUGGGGCACGCCCAUGUAUAAGGAACAAAGCCACAAAUCCUACAGGCCUGUAUGUGUUUUUACCUAUAGACUCAACUACCUACUGCACGGACUGAAACCCUUUGGCUAUCAUCUCGUGAAUAUUGCACUGCAUGCAUUAGUUUGCUUACUGUACAGACGGAUGUGUGCUAUUAUAGUGCCAGAACGAACAGCAUUUGUUGCUGCCAUGCUUUUUGCCGUCCACCCUCUGCAUACAGAAGCGGUGACGGGAGUUGUGGGACGGGCUGAAAUUCUUUCUUCUUUCUUUUAUCUGUUGGCAUUCCUUAGUUAUGCUUCAGCAGCUUUCAAACGGAACUCUACAGAUUGGUUCUGGUUCGGCUGUAGUUUACUUUUCGUCGCUUUAGCUACAUUUUCCAAGGAGCAGGGUAUCACCGUCGUGGGCAUCUGCUGCGUCUACGACGUUUUCAUUCUGCACAAGCUCGUCAACUAGUUUGAAAACUACUUUCAAGGAGAUAAUAUUGACAAGUUCACAUGGAUAUAAGGCCGUUCCAGAGCAAUAUUUUAUCUGAAUUCACUUCUGCAGAAGAAAUUCUUACUGAGCUCUCUUGUAUAAUA